AUGGCAAGUUCGGAAACGAAAGGCUUUGUUCCUAUCAAAACUAAAGCUUCGAUAGCACUAAAUGAAGACGCUCCUCAGACGUUCAAAGUGACCGUAUUUGAACCGAAGAAGGCAGCGUUACAGAAAAAGAGAACCGCUCGUCCACGGCCUCCUCCCAAGAGCGAUGACGAGAAGAACAAUUCUGCAGACGACGAGGAUGAUAUCGACGACAUAUUCUUUGAUGCUUCUCGUAAAAAACCCAAGCGAAAAGAAGAUCCUACCGUAUUUGAUAUGGACAAGGCCCGUCGGGAUGUCAUGAACUUCGGCUUUAGCGGCUUUGAUAAGCAGAGCAAGCACAAAGCAAGCGUCCAGUUGGCGAUAAAACUGGGAGCUAAACCCCCCAAAAAUCAAUACCGGAAUUAUCGUGAAAUGCUGGAGGAGCAAAAAGCUGCUAAGCAGAAUGAUGGGGAUACCGCAUCGAAAAGAAGACAGGGUCAAAUAGGUUUUGGAGCGGUUCAGUCUUAUAACAUGCACCAGCAAAGGAAACGUGAUAAGCAACGGAACCCAAAUUCUAUCAUGAAACAUUACGGCAUUGCAAAUCCACGGAUUGGCAAAAAAUAAA